AUCCCGCUCUAUCGUCUCCUCACACACAGGCAUCCUUCCACGCUACCGUUUACGCUCUCACCGGCAUGCAUCCCGCUUUGUCAACAGCUCACGUAGCAGCCGAGCUCUCUCUCACACACACGCAGACGUAGCUCAUCUGCAGUCACCCGCCGGGCUCACACACUCAUCACAGACCACGCGCUGUCACACACUCUGAGGUCUUCUGUGAUGCUGUGAGUCUCUCCAACGUCCUUCUCAUUCACACGCGGCUUCGACCAGGGCUCGUCUUUCUCAAGAGACGCAAGCAGACCGUCAAGCCUCUCUGCCUGUCAGUCAGUCAACCAGUCUUUACGUGUCUGUGUGUCGGUGGCAUGAAGCGGUGAUGUUCUGGGACAGGAAAAAUAGUAUGGGCAAUUCCCAAAGACGGCCCAAAGGAAGACACAGACCAAAAUCUGCAACAGCCACCAGCGGUCUCGAGGCAGAGAGCGGAAGGCGCGGUGGCAGCAGCAGCAUCAGCAGCCACGGCGACGGUAACCACGGCAGUGGCGGCGGAGGCUGCGGCGGCGGCAGCUCGGCCCAUUUCAGGUCUCCAUGGCAACAGAGCGUGAACGUGUUCGGCUCGUGGAGCAGGCCAGAAUGUGUCGAGGAGCUGCACCAGCAGGCGCAACUCAACCUCCAGAGCCUGCUGCAAGAAUUUGAGGAACAGUUGUACGACACCAAGCUGACUGGCCAGACGUUUCGCCAUCCGUCCUCGCAGAGCUCAGACGACACGUUCACGUCGCUCAACCGCUCGCCCAUCUCUCUCAACAACAAGAGACCGGACUUCAUCUUCCUGCCGGCGUCCAAGCAGCUUUAUGAAGAUGAAACCACCUCCUCCGUGUUUGGCCUGAGGUCUGUGAUCAACCCCUCGCCUUCCCCGACCCCGUCCCCCUGCGGCUCAGAUCGCCCCCCUCUGGGCUGGAGCAGCAACAACAGUAGCAGCAGCACAGCUACAUCUGCCACCACAGGGCCGCCCGUCGCUGAGAAACCACGCUGGCACCCGUUGAGACGCACACAAGCUCAGUGCAUGCCACUCGAUGUUACAGGUGAAGUGGGAACAGUGAAAUUUCACGGCGUCGACCUCCUCCAGCACUCUCCCUCUCCUGGGGACCCCUAUCCCAAACAGCCUCACUCGCUGGAGCUAUUUACAGACACAUCUCAUCAAAACCUCCCUCUAAGGAAGACACAUUCAGAGCUUGACACAACCAUACCCCAAGAUAACAGCUUGGGGCAACGUGCCUCAGAGCAGUUUUAUUCAGGAGCUAUGGACCACUCUGGGUUGCUGUGCUCUAACACACCCACAUCUUCUUGGAAUGGACCUAAAGGAUCAACAUUUUCUCCUGCUGCCUGGAAUGAGACUUACAAUUACAAUAUGAGCAAAGGUCCAGCAGUCCCUCCCAAGCAUCACAGCGUCAUUGGUCAUGCUGAUGGGAUGCAGGACGGGGUCAUGCUGGUGAACUCAGGACAGUCUGUGAGCUCACAUUCUAGUUCAUUCACAUGUGUGACAGACACUUCUGGGAGAACAGGAAAUAUUGGGUCCGGGAUCAUGCCUUCUGUAGUCACAAUUGGAAAUCGGAGGGAAACUGAGGGCGCACCUGCAGAUGGAGGGCGAGGAGGUGGUCAUGAACCAGGACGAGGAAGGCAGAGGUCAGCACGAUCCAUAGCCGCACAGAAUGCCUUCAAGUUCCGGGAACGUUCCCUUUCUACGCCCACUGAUUCUGGCUCCUUUUGCUUUACAGAAGGUGGGAUAGAGCCAGACUUGACUAUCACCACUACUGGGAAUGGGAACACUAUGGUAACGGACCACUAUCAAGAGCAUCACAACUAUCUGGGUUAUGGGGAGAACUAUGCCCUUCUUUACCCUAGAGGAAGUUCUGAAGACAGUACAAGCACUGCGGACACUGUCUCAGUCACAGCUUCAGAUUACAGCGCAGAAGGACGCUUACGUCUUCGCUCUCGUUCCAUCUCACUUAAAAAAUCCAAGCGCAAGCCCCCACCUCCUGUGAGAAGUGUUUCCUUAAUGAAAAACCUGGGAGAAGCUGAGGGCAGAAUAAGGCAUGGUGGUGGUCUUUACCGAGAUGGUAGGCCAAAGAGCCUGCACAUACCUAGGGACAAUUUUCCAGACUUCCAGCCAGAUUUCCUUUUGACAAGCUCAUCUUGCUCAUCUAAAGCCAGUGUUGAUGAAAGGGAGAUAGGCCAAGGGGGCAACAAUGGACCACCAAGUCUGGAAGUCCAGGCUCCGGAAAGGGAAGGGGAAACAGAGAUGAACUUCCCAACUCACUGGCAGUUGGGAGAGUGGAAGAGCAAUGACCCCUACAGGUCUUUAUCGGGCUCCAGCACAGCAACAGGUACCACAGUGAUUGAAUGUAUGAAAGUCAGGAGUAGCUCAGAGUCCCUUCUAGACUCUCCCUCCACUUCCAGAGCCACGUCUCCUUCACAGUUAUCAAUGGAGACUGAUGUUAAGGCUUCUUCGCCCUUAAAACCUCCAGGACUUAUAUCGCCAUCAAGCGGCUAUUCUAGUCAGUCAGAGACUCCAACUUCGACAGUUCCAGUAAAUCAGGGGACCGUAGGGACAACAGGAUGUAAGAUGCGUCCAAAGAUCCCGGAAAGGAAAUCAUCCUUACCAUCCCCUAAGGACCCCGCUGCAAGGUCAAGGUUGUCAUUUGAAAUGCCUGGAAAUGCACAUUUAGAGUUGUCAUCACUAAAACCAAAGCAAAGGGCCAGUAGGCGGCAUUCGGAUACUUCUACUGCUGCCAAACCAGGAAAAAAUAGCCCCAAUUCUUCACAGGCAUUACCCGUAGUUACCCAGAAUGAGCUAAAGACCAUUAGACUCCGGUCUGUUUCCAGAGGAGACUUGGAGCACUCUCCUGAUGGAGCCUCUGACACAAUCGAAGAAGAGCAGCAUGGCAGAGACAUCAGCGAUGGCCCGAGCCCACCUCCAACUCUACCAAAGCCUAAGCCACCAGUUGCAGUCAAGCCUCCAUUGCCCAAACGGCCCAUAAACCUCCUCAUUAAGUCUCCUUCCCCUUCCUCUACCUCCCCCCUUGGCAUCGAAUCUCCUCCUGCCUCACCUGUGGAACGUCCAGUACCUCUUGGCAACAUAUACAAAGUAAUGAAAAAGCCCAAACCGAAAAAGCCCCCACCACAAACUGCCACAAGUCCUGCUGCUGUGACAGAUUCCGCCAAUGUACAGAUCAAUACCUAUGAUCACACAUUCCUUUCUCACUCGCAGUCUCUAUUUGACCUCCCACCACUCCCAGAUCCCCAGCCUUUGUUGGAAGAUCCAACGCUGGAACCUGAAUUUGAAAGAGAAUCAGAUAUCCAUCUAGGACCAGGGGAUGGAGGAUCACUCCCUUCUCCAUGCAGUUCCCAGGAGGCCCCUGAGCUCCAAGACAAGAGCAAGACACUACCUUCAAGGAUGACAAUCUCCUGUCUUGCAGAGCUUUCUGACAAAAAGAAACCCAAGGUUCCUCCUCCAGUUCCCAAGAAACCAAAUGUUCUACUCCUUCCAACACCACAUCAUUCUUCCACCAACGGAAGCACAGAUAGGCAGAUUACACAAUCUGAAAGCCCUGUGGGUCUCAGUUCUCCCGGUGGAGCAUUUGCAACGGAUGAUAUUCUGGAUAGUUCUGGUGUUCCUGAUAUGUCUGAGAAAGAUGAAAACCAUUUGGAAACAGAUGAGGAAAGUUCAAAAGAGUCUUCUUUGCAAUCAUCACUCCAUGAUUCCUCUCUCACUGAACUUGGAGAAAAGAUGGGCAGCACCGGGAUUGGAGAAGAGGAUUCAGCUGGCGAUGAGAAGACUGCUCUCCAGAUUACUGAGGAAACAGAAGAUGACUUGUUGGCCAGUACUCCUACGACACACACCACAGAGGACUUGUUUACCAUCAUACACAGGUCCAAGCGAAAGGUCCUGGGCCGAAAGGAGCCGUCAGAUUCUUUUGGUAGCCGCCAGAGCCUGGUAUCCCCUGUGAAGCACAGCGUCAGCGGAAAUGACCAUCGGAAUCUAACUUUGGGGAGCAGCCAGAGGUCGAGCUCUCGUAACGAGAACUUCAUGGCCCUGCUUCAGAAGAAAGGCAACAAGUCUUCCAGUGGAGGAGCGAGAGUUUCUGCAAUGGAGCUCCUGAAGAGCACAAAUCCUCUAGCCCGACGUGUCACAGAGUUCUCAAACAGCACCGUAUCAUCUACCGACGGAGGGGAGAUGCCACCUGGGAAUGAGAAAGCCAAUGAUCAGUGAACGGUGUUACGGUUUCCAGAUGUUAAUCUGGACUGGUUCCUGUUUACUACAACACAAAACAACUCUACAAUCUGCCACAAACUGAGGGCAGGCCCUGAACGCCCCAACCUCUGAUUGACCAUUCGGAAUAUCCAAAGAAAUUGGAGCCAAGUCUUGGGCAAAAUGGUCCUUCCUGUGGUUGGAGCUCAGUGUUUCCCUGUGAAAUUCCUCUUUGGAUAAUAAAGGUUUUUUUGUUUUGUUUUCCACUAUAUAUAAAUAUAAAAGACUUGCUGUUCAGCGGGGGAAAGUAUGGGCACAUUGACUGGUGAAAAUGACGCUGGGAAUGUAGAAAUACAUGGUGGAUAUCCUCAUGCCUUUUGAAUCAGAACUAACAAAAGAUCUGAAUCGUAUCUAAAUCUGCGACCACACUGAUCUACCAUGACACAUCCGAGGACAAGGAAUCAAAUUGAUCCACGGAAAUAUUGGAGUACAAGUUAACAAUCUGUAUGUGAUUAACCUGUAGGCCUCUAUGACGUUGAGGAUGGGGCAUUGGUUUUGCGAUGGGGACACAAAGAAGGGUAAAGUUGGACUUUCUUGCUCCUUCUUCCUCCAAUAGCAUAGCAGCCCAAUAGUGAAGUGCCAUAUUGAACAUAGAAACUGCGUGGGGGAUUUUAUUUUAUUGUUUAUUGUUUUGCCACCAAAGAUAAGGCAUGAGCAUGUCCCUCAUCUUGUAGCUCGUGCUGUGACCGUGAACGUGGAUCCUCACAAAGCAUUCCACAAAGGCACCAAGCCGACCGACUGCGCUUGGAAAGCGAAGCACUUUUCUUUCCUUUGACCUCAGAGGUCGUUUACACGGCGGAAUCACUAUUGCGGCUUCGCCUUUGGUUUCCUCUUGUCUUAACCAUCUUUUUAACCCGUUUUUAAAUGUUACGUUUCGUUCCUAUUUUUUUAUACAUUCUAAAUGUCUAUUUACUGUAAAUGUUUAAUGGUAUUAUAUUGUAUGUAUCAUGUACAAAGAGAAAUGGAAAGCAUCUAUCAACACAGACUUAAAGAAGUGUACAAAGAUGCAAGAAGCUUGGACUUCAAACAGCCCAUUCACACCCUUCAGCACACACACUGACAAAAUUACUCUACAAAACAAGAAUGGAAAACGACUGUUGACACGUGUGUGUGGAAGCCAGCAUGCCUGCUGAUGUUUCUGCUCAGAGAUCAUGAAGCAGGCCUGGUAUUGAACAGGGUUUUUAACCGGUUUUGGUCCCUGGUUUUGGGGGACCUAAGAACUGUUACAAACUGACCACAUAGGACCUACAGUAACAUUGUAUGUGUGCAAGUGUGUAUAGAUGGAAUAUGGAGCAAGUGCACAAAGGUUUGGAUGGUUUUAUGUUCAAUGUGAGGUUGUCUCCUCAUUAGUUUCCAUUGGUCUCAAUUUGUGGACAGUCAUCCCGCAUGCCCUCAGUAGGAUAGAACAUCUUUAGUGGAAUCCCUUGAGGUGAAUGUUAUUAAUCAAUUAUCAUCUUUGAAAGUGUCCAAGUGACUCUCUUUGGCUUUACAAGGAGAGGUCUCUGUUUAAUUAUGAUCAGACCAAACCCUUGCUAGAACUGACAAGAUUGUUGUGUACCCUUAAAAAAGGUUACCAUACCCAAGAUAAAGUCUGAAAACCUUCUCACUAUUCUUUAGGGCUUAAUCCAGACAUGAGGUAUAAGUACAUUGAAUAUGGGGAGUGGUGGAUUUAUGGCAAAGUGACCCUUAAAAGUGUUUCCCAACAAACAGGUGCCAGUGCUAAACAUUGGCACCAGUGCUUUCUUAUACCUGCUUUACCACCAAAACAUUCACUCUGGCAAGAACACAGAGUAUUAUCUACUAAACCUUUGAUGAACCAAGAUAGGAAUCUACAUUUGUUUGGAGCUUGAAGUGAGUUUAAGAAGAACCAAUCUAAGCGUUGAGUGUCAUAUUUACUUAUUUUUUUUGGAAGGGUAAUGCAGAUAUACAACUGAUUAACAACUUCUGCCAGCAUACAAUUAUUUGUAAUAUUGCUUUUAUCAAGUGUCAUAUAUUAUGACAUAUUCUAUGACUGUUUUCCAGUGGCUUUAUUGUUUUUUUUCUUUUCUUCCAUCCAUAAGUCCAUCCAUCCUGUGACCGGUGAAGAGGCAGGGUAAACAUUUUGAUCAAAUGAUUGUUGCAUUGUAGUCUUCUUUGGCUUCUCCAUAAAUCAUAAAAAUAUUGAA